CCUUCCCAGUGAUGUAACCGAGGGCAGGGAGUGCCGGGUUCCGGUGCUGAUUGGCUGGUUCCCGAGUCACGGGCACCGGAGAGGGAGUGGAAUCGCAGAGGAACGGACUCACUUCAGUAGUCGGGGAAAAUGGCUGAUACUUUGGCAGUGUGCGAUAUUGACGAGGAGCUGCUGCAAAAGCUGAACAAAUUUCGAUUCCGCAAAGAAACCACCAAUGCUGCAAUUAUAAUGAAAAUAGAUGAAAAGCGACAGUUGGUGGUUCUGGAUGAAGAACAUGAGAAUAUUUCUCCAGAUGAACUAAGGAAUGAAUUACCUGAAAGAGCACCAAGAUUUGUAGCUUACAGCUACAGCUAUGCACACAGUGAUGGAAGAACCUCUUAUCCAUUAUGCUUUAUCCAUUCCAAUCCCGCUGAUUGCAAGCCAAGAAUAAAUAUGAUGUAUGCCGGUAGCCAAAAAAAACUGGUGAAUGAGGCUAAGUUUACCAAGGUAUUUGAAAUUAGAAAUACAGAAGACUUGUGUGAAGAGUGGCUGAAUGAAAAGCUUUCAUUUUUUCGUUAGACAAAGGCAAUUGUUGUACCUGUCUGCCUUUUUUUAUAAACUAACGAGCUUGAAUUUGCAUUGUUUACUUUUCAUGCUUUUUCUGUAGUUUGUGUUGAUCUGUAAUGCAUUCACCUGCAAUGAAAUGAUUGCAAAAUAGAAAAUGUUGGCUGCUGUUUUGAAAGAAAAUUAAUUCUUCAAACCUUUUAACCCUUUACCUCUCCAACAUUUCUUCCCACAAUUGGGAAAGACUAGGAACUGGAUAGCAUGCUGGAUGCUGGAUUAGACUAUUCCCUGUUCACCUCUGCCACCUGUUCCUGUGAAACUUAAUUAUUUUUCUCCCCACUCCCCCCCGCUUUGACUCUCUCCCUCUCUCUCUCAAAUGGUUCUCAAUGGUUAAAAUUGCUUAGCCUCCUGAUGAGUCGCAGGUAUAAAAUUGGUCCACAGUUUGGCAAAUCUGCUCAGAGCUCAAGAGUAAAUUUCGCACCAGUGUUAAUUCCAGAAUUACAGUUUUAUCUAAAAAGGACUUCUUCAUUUAUCCUGUCUGAUGCUAUAAAUGAUUGCCAAGGUGUUGACGUUUCUACUUGUAAAAUGGAAGAAUAUAUUCCAAGCGUUGUUUACCAUGACCAAAUGAGCUCAAAUUGUUGAGAGUUUUUUUUUUAAUGUGCAUUACUAAAGGUUUGUUCAGAGUUUUUUUUAAUUUUAGCUCUAAUUUAAAGAGGGAUCAAUGCUGGGGAAGUCUUGGAAGUGCAAACUUGCUACCAAAACAAAGGACUAAUUCUAAAUAUUUUAAACCAUUCCAUCAACCAACUUUAAUGAAUUAUUAGAUUGGUGAAUGAGGCAGGAACCAUAAAAGGGCACAUUCUAUCUUUCAUGCAGGAAUUACAUAGAUUAUAUCUGUAUCAAGCCUAAAUUUCAUUCCUGUUCAAUGUCUUCAAAUUGGCAGUUACUUAACUACCUUUCUCACAUUGAUACUUGAGCAUGAAAAAGUAAUUUAUAAACUUGACCAUCAGUUCCAUUAAUGGUUUUAGGCUGGCAAUGAAAGAAUAGUCUGGUGUUGAACCCCCCAUCCUUUUCUCAACUUCCCCUGGUCUUAGCACCAUUCUUAACAGAACAGGUUACUGUGACGAUUUAGCUGAACCCACAUUGUUUUGCAUUUUGCAAAUUGCAGCUCCUGGGUAAAAGCAUCACUAAGCAUUUCAAUUAAACCCAGUCCACCAAUGAAAUAAAAUGAUCCAUCUUGUGAUUCUUCAUCCCUAUUAGUUCUGAGAGUUAUUUAAGUCUAAAUUUGAUUAUUUUAUAGAUACUGGUAUUAAAAAUGUAGAGAAUAUUUGGAAAGGCAUUGGGAAACUACAAUGCAAUUAAUCAAUUUGCCUUUGAUAUUUGAAAAAUUAUCACAAGCUUGUAUUUGGAGCAUGGCAAUAAGAUAAGCAUUGGAUUGUGAUGACUUCUAUUAAAUCUAGAACUUGAGUUAGAAACUGACAAUACUGUUGUUUUAGAUAGCUAAACUUUUGGAAUUUGAAAUGUUCAACAUGGAAAAUGUGUAUGAAAUCUAAAUGCUUGCAAAAAUAUUUACACAAUGCUUUGUUAACUGACCAUUCCACCAAUGGUAGAAAUUAAGAAAAAUGUGCAAAUUUGUGCUGAACUGAUGGAGUUUAACACCACGUAGCCUACUAUGCAUUUCUCCAAGUGAGAAUUCUAGCACAUUUUUUGAACUGAAACUUUGUAUUCUAACAUUUUGGUAUGUUGCAUGUUGCAAGACUUAACUAUGCUCCGAAUAAUGGAAGCAGUGUUUUUCUAAGGCUUUUACUCCUAUAAAUAUUCAUAAUAAACAUGUUGCCUGCACAAA